AUGUCUCAAAGUCUGGCCAAGCUUCAAUACUCACAUCUACCUAUCAACAAUACAUCUAAAUCAAGAAAAAUAAGCCCAAGCCAUAAAUACGAAUUUACAAAAAACUAUGUAAUUUCAACCAAAGCAGCAAACCAUCGUCUUAAGACCAUGGAAAGGAACACAAAAGGAAAAGAUAAUGCUAAUAGAAGUGUAGAGAUAAAGCCAAAGCAAAGAAAUUUAUCAUUUGACCCAAUAAAAAUUAAUCACGAUGAAAGAUUCAGCAAAUUAGACGCCCUAAACACAAAGAGUCUUUUGGCAAGAUCAGGACUUUUGUCAUUGCAGCAAAGACUGCUUCAGAUUGAGCUCUCCAAAGCUAUGAAAAAUUUGGAUAACUCAUUUGCUGAGGAAUUAAGCUCUUUUACUCAAGGGAAUACAUUUGAGAAGCCACUUGAUAAUUUAUAUGAAAAGUAUUUAAGCUAUGGGAACAGCAUUGGGAUUAGAUUAAGUUAG